AUGUCGUUCGCCCAAGCCACAAGAGGGCCGGCGGUUGCAUCAUUCACGCCAAUCCGUACGAAGUCCGGGACAGCAGACCUUCCAGAGGGCAUCGUACGCGUCUUUCGCGAAACAGCACAGAGAGCGCCGGAGGAGCCGCGAAGUCCUUCAGCACAGAGCGAGCCCUUUGAGUCGCCCAUAGCUUCCAGAGAUGUUCUCCUCGAAGGUGCCGAUGCAGAUGGUGUCACGCUCGGUGUACUCGCCGUACCUGCUUGGAUGACAGCAUCAGACUUCCUGACAUUCGUCGCGCCUGCUCAAGAGGGUAUGGCACAUCUACGCAUGAUUCGGGACUCUCAAGAGAAUCGGUCUUUAGUUCUCAUCAACUUCCGCACAGCAGAGGCAGCGAAGGAAUUUGCGGAGGAGUAUAAUGGACGCGCAUUCAAUUCACUCGAGCCAGAAACUUGCCAUGUUGUACGCGUCGCUUCAGUUCGCAUUGAUCCCACGGACUCCCUCGCUCAGAGCAUCGCACGUCUCGGCAGUCAAGCACCGGUGUAUGAGCUACCGACGUGUCCUGUCUGCCUCGAACGAAUGGACUCCGCCGUGACGGGCCUGGUCUCAGUGCCCUGCUUACACACCUUUCACUGUGCAUGUCUCAGCAAAUGGGGUGGCGGACGCUGCCCUGUAUGCCGCUACAGCCAGACACUGCAGGCAUCGCAUCCCACAUCCUCUUCAACACGCACGAACGUGCCCAUUCCCUUCGCGGAUCCAACCAGUCCAGCGCUGUCGCGCUGUGUCGACUGCGGCUCUACGGGCAAUCUAUGGAUCUGCUUGAUAUGCGGCAAUAUCGGAUGCGGGCGCUACGGCCGAGCUCAUGCUCACGCGCACUACCUCGCAACGUCGCAUUUAUAUGCUCUAGAGCUAGAGACCCAGCGGACAUGGGACUACGCGGCCGAUACGUAUGUGCACCGGCUCAUACAGAACAAAGCGGACGGAAAGCUCGUGGAGUUACCCUCUGCGUCCAUGGCCUCCACCAUAUCCGGUACCACGCAAGGCGGCGGGCCCAGCACGGCCGAUGGUCUGACAGCCGAAAAGAUAGAAGCCAUAGGCAUCGAGUACAGCUAUCUUCUCUCAAACCAACUGGACACACAACGUGCCUUCUACGAGGAUCAGAUGAGAGCGCUGCGUACACAAUUGGAUGAGGUUCGCACUGCAGUCUCACGCCUGGAGAACGUGGCCGCGACUGCCGCUACUGCAACGGAGACAGCGAAGCGCGCUGCGGAGGAAGCAGAGGCCGCGAAGAGAGAACGGGAUCGUUCUGAGCGUAAAGCUCAGAGAUUGGCGGAAGCGGCGCGCGCUUUCGAGCGCGAGCUUAAAGGGGAGCGCGCGGUAAGCGCCGGACUCAUGGAGAAUCUUGAGGCUGCGAAGGCCAAGACGUUGGCAGCCGAAGAAGACAGGAACCUUCUAGUAAAGAAGGUUGCCGAAUUAGAGGACCAAGUGCGCGACGUGAUGUUCUUCCUAGAAGCUAGAGACAAGAUUGAGGGCGGAGAAGGCGAUGUAGCUGAGGCGGCAGGAGGGAGUUUGGAGAUCGUCACGCCCCAAUCUGAUCAGAGGAGUACACCAGGGAAAAAGAAGAAGAAGCGUUGA